AUGAAUCAUGGUAGAGGUAUAUUAAUGCCAUUAAAUCCAGAGAAUAUUCCAUCUCAUGCUAAUUCUCAUCAGCAACAUAUACUUGCUAUUAGUAGAAAUCUACGUCGAUAUUAUGCUACACGAAUACUUAACUUAAAUGGAACUAUUAUAUCUGAACGUCGUUUAUCAACUAAUUUAACAAAUGAAUUAACAAAUGAAAGAAAUAAAUUAACAAAUGAAAGAAAUGAAAAUGUGUCACUUAAUAAUCAAUUAACAAAUGAAAGAUUAUAUCAAAGUGAAAUUGUUAUCGAUGAUAUUAUUGGAGAAAUUGAGAAGAAAGAAGAAGUAGUUCGAUUUUAUUUGAUGUAA